AUGCAUUUUAGCCGCUUCAACGGUUUUUUACUAAAGAUGAUUCUCUACUUGGUGACCUUUUAUCAUACGCUGCCCUUCUUUGCAAGUGUCUCCAUGUCUUUGCUCAACAGCUAUCUCUCCUCGUCGGUCUCCUUCAAUUUGGAUACGAUAUAUUUGAACUGGAACUCUACUUUUCCUGCAAUUACUGUGUGUGAAAUAUACAAUGCCGAAAGGAUCUGGGAUCUGAGUGAUUCAAAUUUUGGGGUAGAGCACGAUAUGCACAUGGAUGACUUUAUUUCGGAAAUUGUAUUCUAUCGAGGGGUCUGCAGCAGUUGCGAGGAUUGCUCCAAGAUGCGAUGUCCUGCCAACUUUACGGUGCUCGUGGAUGUGUUCCGUUCCAAGUGCCAUCAGUUACUGCUGAAUUGCACUUAUCUAAACGAACUUUUUGACUGUUGCGAUCAAUUUCUGCCGCUGCCAACGGAAUAUGGGUUGUGUUACUCCUUCAACUCGCAUCAGGCUCGCAAAGUGUCCCAUGUCCAGUUCACCAAUAACCGGAUGACGGGUCCGGGACAUCUAAAUUUCCAAGCUGCCGCCGAUAUCCAGCUUUAUGUUCAUGCUCCCAUCGAUGUGCCUUACCAGUUUUCCGAGGGCAUGAUCAGGGAAACUGUGUUACUGGGUCACUACAAGGAGCUGAUUCUGAAUGUGAUAGAGGUGCACAACGACGAGAGUGUCCAGGAUUUGAGUAUGGAGCAGCGGCGAUGUCGCUAUGGCAAUGAGCAUGUGCCGGAAAGGCAGGGAAUCUACGAAUUCUACAGCUAUUCUGGUUGUGUGGUGGAAUGCACUGUGCUUCUCCAGCUGGAUAACUGUAACUGCACCAGCCAUUUUAUGGCCACUCCCGGCCAGAACUACCUGCCCGUCUGCGACUACCGCGGGCUGAUUUGCCUCACCAGGAUCAGGGAUAAGAUCAUGACGGAGCGAAAAUCCUGCGAAUGCAUGAGCUCCUGCGAGGAGCCGGAGUACAACAUUAUCUACAACUCGGCGGAUGAGGAUGACGAAGCCUCAGAUGAUGUCUCCCAAAUCCGAGUGGCUCUGGUUGAGUUGCCCACUCAAAGAUAUGUGCGUCGCGUGACCAAAACUAUCCUGGAUUUCUUGAUUUCCCUUGGCGGUCUGGUUGGCCUGUUCUUCAACACAUCCGCCUUGCGAAUCGUAGAGGCCGUUGUUAUCUGCCUGCGAUAUAGAAAAACCAUGGUGAAUUGGGUUAGACGCUUCUUUCUUGGCACGGUUAAAUAUUUACAGAUCUUGGACCAAUCGCGGUGA